AUUCUUCCACACAUCGAGGAAUACGUUUUGAACAGUUGAGGCAACUUUGCUUCUAUUUUUGCUAGUGCGCCAUCAAUCUGGAUAGACAGAUCAAUUGCGGCAUAAAUUAACAUUCUGUGUGGUAUAAUUGCGAUAGGUCGCUCGGCCAGGGAUACAGUGCGUUGUUAGAGAAUGCAAAGCAAAACCUGUUAUCGUUCUAUUUCGUCCUACACUUGAUGUGCAUCGAAACACACCGUUCAACUUAUCAUAAUUUAACCACAACGAUGAUAACGCGAUUGGGUGUCACGAAGCGCCACAAAAUACCUGAACUGGUAUUUCUGGUACUCGCCGUAGCGUUGCCACUGGUAGUUGGUCGUAUCGUGGAUGAUAAUGUUGCCGGCUCGAAUGUUCUGUACACAGACAUUCCGCCGUUACACCCUACACCAAACGACACCUCGUCAGCAGCUGACGCACAAGACGUGCAUCUAUUAAAUGUGACUGAGUAUAAUAUCGAAACUAACUCAACUUCGAAUGGGACAGGAAGCCACCUGCCUGCGUACAGUGUGGCACAUGGAUCAAGCGGCUUAAACACAGUCAAAUUGCCUGCCGUUGGCAACUCCUCUGCCGUAGUUAGUACUGUACCAACUGUAUUAUCACGAAGUAAUGAAAGUAAUCCAGUCACCGUUUCAUCCGGUAGUGGCAACAAUACAAUGGUAUCGGUUACCACAAUUCACACCACAAGUAGUAGUACAACAAGUACCACCGCAAGUCCAAUCUUCCAUACGUCAACUGCAUCGUUCAGUGCCCAGUGGCCGGUAGCGCCUAUCGCAUUAUCGAUCAAUUCCACUUCACCCAGAGCGGUUGUUGCACCAGCGAUCGAAUGCUACCAUGCAUCUCCGUCGCAAUGCAAUGAACGAAGAGGCGACUGUGAAUGUGUCGUUGAUCCAUUUAUACCGGGUGCACUGUAUUGCUGCAACGUUACCGACAUCAAUAGAGCGAUUGCGUGUGCGACAAACGCAGCGGAAACGCCGAACUGGAAGUAUUUGCACAUGCGAAACGUGACUGUGCGUGAAUUAGCUUUGAAUGUGUCGAACCGCUACAUUAAGACGCUGCUCUCAUUAGCCAUCACCGACGGAUCAAUACAGCGCAUUAGCACGUCAUUCGCGCGCUUCUCAGCCCCAGUUUGUGUGAACAUUUCGAACAACAAUAUAAGCGAAAUCGAACCCCGAGCCUUCCGCGAGCUGCGGAACCUUACCAUGCUAGAUCUGUCGUACAAUAACCUCUCCACCAUACCGUCGACCAAUGGCAAAUUCCGGCUUGACAUACGCGGCAACGUCGGUAUGUUAUGCAAGUCCCUGCUGGAGUCGCUCAAGAGCGGGGUGAAGUUCAAGGAUCCAGAAUCAACGUUCUGUCUAACGAAUCGAACCUUUAACUGGUUUAAUUCAACUGACACUCUACCCCUGCAUCAACUAGAGACGAUCCAACGGGUGCAAGACGAGUGUCCGGAAAACUGCACCUGCGAACUGGAUCGUCUUAACUUCGAUCUCAAUAAUACCGAACGGAAGACGAUAACGAUACGUGUAGACUGUAGCAGCCUGGGGUUGGCGAAAUUCCCCGAGAAACUACCAGCUGGCACAGUAACGUUGAACAUAUCGAAUAACAAUAUUACAAAUUUGGAAGCAUUAAAUACUCCGCCCUACGAAUCGCUGUUACGGCUACAUGCUGACAACAAUCAAAUUAGCUCUUUGAGCGAUCUUGAGGGGAUGGACUUCAUCUCGCGGUUUACGCUGUUUUCUAUUCGUCGCAACAAGCUGAAAACGGUACAGUCGUAUAUCUUUACAAAAUCGCUCGACCUUGGUUCGUAUAUUUUCCUCGAGGGUAACCCGAUGAUAUGUGACUGCAAUGCCGCAAAAGGUUUCAAAAACUGGCUGCUUAGCCGAAAGACGCAAGUACCAGACCAUGAGAAUAUCUUUUGCGAUGGUAACACCAAUCUACAGCAGCUGGUAACGAUACAGGAGAGUAAAUUAUGCCAAUCUCAACAUGACUGGACUGAUUACAUUUACUAUCUGAUCGCCUCGGAAAUCAUUCUCCUGAUUGCACUCGUCUGCAAAGUGUCAUACGACUAUUGGGUUUUCAAGACGGCAGGUUAUCUACCGUGGCCAGCUAACAAGAUGCCAAAAUUACCGUGUGAUUGUUUGUGUGAAUAGAUAUCAAGCUUACGAUGAUAGAGGAAAUGCAAUUAUUGUGCAAGAACCUACUACGGCCAUCUUAAAAGAACGUGUGUACUGUAACAAAUAAUAAUAAUGUUCUCCAGUACACACGAUCGAAUAGUAGAAUGCUAGAAUGCAAGCGUAGCUAGUAGGUUUCUAACGUAAGAAUUCUCGUAUGGUAGACAAACGUUGAGUUAAACUAUGUUUUGCUGAAAGUUUUUUACUUGCUCACUAAAUAUUUAAUUUGAUACUUAUGUAUUGCAUGUUUAACUAACGUUGCUUUAUUUAAUUUAUUCAGUGAUAUUAAAGUGGCUAAAUACGCUUUCAAAAGACAAAAAAGGUUUCACAAACAAAAACGAUGUGAUGUUUUGGUUGGCGGUGUCCUUCGGGAAAACACUCCGCCAGCAUAACAAUUAUGAAAUGAUAUGAGAAGAACGUUCUCUAGAUAUAUUGGUGUACAGCAGAUUUACAAUGAAUUGAACGAGUCCAUUUCAGUGUCUAAUUUCAAAAUUAAUUUAAGAGCACUUCAAACCUGCACGGCUUUAAGUAAUUUUUUUUCAACUUAAACACAAAUUUCGUACAUUUCAUAUUUCAUACUUACGAAUUUAUUUACAAUUGAUACUUUACCGUUCGAAUAAUUCGACUAGGCUAAGUAUUGAGGCUAAAUUUUUUAUCAAUAUUUAAAUUUCGUUUGCUCUGCAUGUGGCACUUUCAUAAAAAUAUAGCAACGUGCUGUACUGGUUUUAUUAGACUAGGACUUUUCAAUAUGCGGAAUAAAAGAAGAAAGUACUAAACAAACGAGGAGAAUUGUGUUGAUCUUUGUUCUAUUGACAAAUAUUUGUGAUUUGCUCAACAAGGCGACGGUAUUUGAUUUCAAGAAAGUGCGUAGUGGUUUUAAUUUUACACUUUGCUAUUCUUUUAUGAAAAAUUGAGAAUAGACACACGUUGCGA